GGAGAACCGGCAGCGCCCUAGGGCUUAUCGCGCCCUCGGUGCGUGAUGCCUAUGUGCGAUGUGUGCGACGGCAGCUGCGUCCAGCAAAGGUGUUUCGACACGGAAAUUGGGAUCUCCUACGGCCUCGUGUGCUCUUAGGCUGGGCAGUCACAGAGAAAAGCGAAGCAGCACCUCAUGCC